AUGGAUACUAAAGUCAGUGAUGUUAAAUCUCCUUCAAAAUCAAUUAAGCCUAGCAUAUAAGAUUAUAUCUCUGUAGGAUCUUUAGGAAGGGGAGCUUAUGGAGAAGUGAUUUUGGCUUAGAAAAAAAUAGAUAAUCAAUAAGUUGCUAUAAAAGUGAUUGAUAAGAAAUUCUUAACUCGAGUAAACAUAUUAAAAGAAUUCGUAGGAAUAAAAAUAAUACUAAGUAUAUAUUGAAAGGGAAAUGCUUUUGUAUCUCAAACAUCCUGGGAUUGUUUAAUUGUAUUCUACAUUUUAAAAGCCUGAAAAAUUAUAUUUCGUAAUGGAAUAUUUAGAAGGAGGUGAUUUGGCUGAUUUUUUAAAAAUACAUAAAGGUAACUUUUAUUUAUUAUAUUUAAAGAUUUAAGUUUUGAGACUUUAUAGUUUUAUUUAGCCUAAAUAGUUGUAAUACUAGAAUAUAUUCAUUCUAAAGGUGUUGCUCAUAGAGAUUUAAAACCUGAAAAUUUGAUGUUAUCAAAGAAUGGUCAUUUAAAACUGAUUGAUUUUGGUACAUCUGUAGUUGUUCAUGAGAAUAGAGUACCUGCUGAAUUUUUAUAGAGAUACAAAUAAAUAAAGUCUUCGUUUUAGAUCCAAGAAGGCUCUUUUAUUAAUAAAGCAUCUUUUGUAGGAACAGCUGAAUAUGUAUCACCAGAAAUGUUGGAAGAAGAAACUUGCGAAUAUGCUGUAGAUUUAUGGGCUUUAGGAAUCAUAUGUUAUAAAAUGUUUACAGGUGUAACACCAUUUAAUGAUAGUACAUAAUAUUUAGUAUUUUAAAAUGUCAAAAGUGCAUAAUUAAUAAUACCUGAAACUGUUCCUAAAGUUGCUGCUAAUUUAAUCUAAAAAAUUUUAGUUAGAAAUCCAUAAGAAAGAUUAGGUAGUUAAUCUAUGGAUGAACUCAAAUCUCAUCCAUUUUUUAAAGGAAUUUAAUGGGAAAAAUUAUUUUUAAUGUAAGCACCAUAACCUAAGGUUUUAUCUGUUAAAUCUGUUGAAAAAUCUAUUGAUCCAGAUUUAUAAUUAGGAGGAAAAAGAAAACCAAAAAUUAAAUUUUAUGGAGUUGUACAAUUCAAAAUUGGAUGGUUUAUUUAUAGACCAUUAGAUUUAGUACUAAUUGAAGGCAAAGAAUAUAUGAAAUUAGCUUUGUUUGAUCCAGAAACUGAAAAAUGUUAAUUGAAAAUUAGAUUAAUAGAAGGAGUGUAAGUUUAUAGUCCAAAAAAAGGAUACAUGGAAAUUAAAGAUUAGAAUAAAAAAUUCUAUAUUAAAGAAGUUGAACAUUCAAUAGAUAAAUGGUUAGAAGUUAUUGAAAAAUGUAGAAAAGAUUUAAUUAAAAAAAAAUUGAAGAGACAAGAAACAAAAAAAUGA